AUGGAGUUUCCAAGAUAUUAUAUGCAACGUGUAACACCUGUUAAGAAACGAAUCGAUACCGAAGCGACACCAAAGAAACUGACAUAUUCAAUGUCAUUAACGAAAUCUUCACUAUUUGCACACACUACAACCACAUUCAAUGAUCCGUAUCCCCUUUCCAGCCGGUUGGUGGAUCUGACCGGAGCAUUCGAAUCUAGAUCUGGCAGCGUUGGGCCUUCCGAGAAGCAACAAGAAACUAACAACUCGGAAACUCCCAAGAUCUCCGGUGGUUUCACGUUGAUUGAGCUUCUGCCUACACAAGCAGUGAAGCUUUUCUAUUUUACUGAUUAUUCAUCGUCUUCUCAAGCGGCGGCCGACGAUUUAGAUAUCUCUCCACUGCCGCGUCACUCUCACGGGACAUUGAAUUCUCCUUCUAACUCAGCCCUCUUGGAUCGAGCACCUCGCUUCUUGGUGAUUGCUAAUGAGCAGCAGCAAAACGGAAACGUAUCCGGUGAGACUACUACUACAAACUCGGUACCUUCUACCUCAACUCUAAUCUGGAUAGAGUCAAAACAUAAUCUUAUACGCAUAGCGUGA